AUGAAGAGCUAUGGUGAGGAUCUGAGCAAUCAACGACUUGUUCAGAAACUACUCAUUAGUCUGCCUAAAUCCUAUGAUAGAUAUGAGCAGAGGCUUGAUAGGCACGGUGACAAUAGUGCAGAGAAAGCAUUUGCUAGCUUAAACGUUGGAUCAAAGUCAACUCGGUCUAAUGGUCACACCAGUAAGUCUCAGAAGAAUGUCAAACCCAAGAAUGAGAGAGAUAAGAAAAAAGACAAGGGCGGACGAGGCAAUGACUUCGACAUCGUUGGGAAUAAUAUUACGGGGAAAAAAUCGGAGAGAGUAGGAAUUUUCGAGUUUAGCAACACGCACAUCCACAAAGGCCACGGGAAAGAAAAACUAGCCGACUCCGGUGGAGAAACUGACUCGGCAUCCAGUACUGAUGAAGACGAAGCAGAACUGAUGACUCACUGA